UUUUUUAAAGCACGUAUCUAAAAUAUGUUUAACACUAUAUGUAAUAACUCCGAUCUUUAAAAUUCUAGCUAAGUAAAAAUGCAGACUACAGUAAAGAAACCUAGCGAGUCAAAAGUAAAAAGAGAAAAGGUAACAAAAGACGACGCUACAAAAGUACCUCAAGAUGAUAAACUUAAAAAGACUUCUUACACCAUUUCAACACCAAGGAACUUUGUUCAGAAAUCCACUACCGCCGACAUUUAUGGGCAAAAGAAAAAAAGUGUUACACAGACUGCGAAAACACCUAGAAAGUCUACUGGUUCAUAUACGGCCAGCAAUGUAUCCCCAAUGAAGGAUUUACUAAAAUCUUCACCUUCUUCUACUACCCAAAGUGCUCGAAGCGAAUCCAAGAUGGCCACGCCUAAAACCACGUCAUCCAGAUAUUCGACACCAAGAAGUAAAGAUUUUGGAGUCGCAGUCAAUUCGCCAAUUGUGAAACGAAAAUUGAAUAUGGAUUUGAGAAGUGAAGGCAGUUUUGUGAAAGAUUUGUCCAAAGAUAAGAAGGAGAGGGAGAGGAGUUUCAUCAAAGACGUUCCCAAAGAUAGGAAGGAAAAAGAAAGGAGUUUUAUAAAAGAUACUCCGAAAAGCAGAAAGGAAAAAGAAGGUAGUUUUAUCAAAGAUACUCCUAAAAGUAGAAAGGAAAAAGAAGGUAGUUUUAUUAUGGACAAAGGUAGAAAAGAGAGGGAACGGAGUUUUAUAAAAGAAAAAGAAGUACCCAGAGAAAGGAAAGAUAAAGAUACUACAAAAGGUUCAGGUGAAAGACAACGAACGAAAACGAGGACUUUAGAUGAAAGUGAAGUUAAAAUGUUGAAUUCUAACGCGGCCAAUAAUUCUGAGAUGCUCAAUCUGGCACAUAAGUUAAGCGCAAAGCCUAAAGCGUUUUACAUUGACUUGGAUGAUGAAAAACCUAGUCACAGUAAAAAGACACCACCAAACAAGCUUUCAAGUGAUGAAGACAUGAGUUACGAAGACGAUUUCGAGAGCUACGAGUCAGAUUUUGACUCUUAUCACAGUUCCACACAUAGUGAACAAAAUGCCAGUGAUGAGAGAAAUGAACAAGCGGAAGAUGAUGAUGAUGAUGAUGAUGAUGAUGAUGAUAGUGAAAGCGAAGCCGUUGAGACAUCAAAGGAAGUGAAGGAUGAUGAAAAUAUGUUGGAUUCAGGUAGCUUCGAUCUCCGAGACCGUUCAGCAAACAAAUCGAAGCCAGCAGUCUUAGACUUUAUCCUGGAGACAGCAGAAGUCGGAGAGAAGCCUAGUUCCUUGACCGACGAGGGUUUCCAAGAGAUGAGCAGCUCGAGCGCUGUGUCCAGCAUCAGGACUGUUCAUACUGAUGUGCUUGACAGACCACUUUUCAUCGAUUUUACAAAAUCAAAAGAAACACGCCGAAAGAAAAGGAUAGGGGACAGAUUAAGACAACGAGCCAAAGAUCUCCUUAGCAUAAUAACUCUACAUGAAAUGUCAUACACUUUGUUCGAAAUGAAACCUAUUUCGUACGACCUUUAUAUGGCAACAUUUGGACGAUCGAACUAUACCCAAGUCGCUGUUCAGACGUUUGAAGAUGGAAUCUCAGAAGAGGUUCAAACAGAUGAGGUUGAAUGUGAACAUAAGUGGACCCAACAUCCAGUGGAAUUCACAAAACAUGAUAUUUGCAUAAAGCAAAAAGUCGAAACUCGAAAAUAUAGCAAAAAUAUGGAAGAUUAUUUAACUAAAUUCACAUUUUUGACGACUCAAAAUGUCGAUGUCGAGAUAAAUAAUGCGAUUAAUGUAGAUGCAAGUUAUAAUACAGAUCCGUUAAGAAUAUAUUUUGAACAGAAAGAUGGCGUCGGGCCCAAUGAAAUGUUGCCAUAUGAAACAUAUAAGUCGAAAUUAAAGAAUAAAGAUUACAAUACUCAUAGACUCGGAAAGUUUUUGAAGAAAAUCGAAAGUAGGAUAAGUAACGUUUUGAACAGUAAUAGUGGCAACACUGAAUUAUCCGAAUUAAAUAUUUCGAAAUACCCUUUUAGUAAAGGGUAUGUUUCUAUUUCUCCUAAGCUUAUAAAAACAGAAAAACUAUCAUUUUUGAAUAACACAAAAAUAUCUCAAAUGUAUUUUUCUGAAACGAAAUCCAAUUUAAUAAUGACGGUUCACAAAAAAGGUCAGAAUGCGCAGCUGAAGAAGUGUGUUAUUUGUCUAUGGGAUAUUAGUGUUGCCAUACGAGAACCCAUAAAACUACUAACAGCCAUAGAUAAUGUAGCUCUAGGAAGAUUAAAAGGUAGUACAGAUGGAUAUUUCGUCGCUGCUUUGGAGGAUGGAUCAAUACACCUAUGGGAUCUCUCAGAAGAACCAACAUGGCGUGACGAUGUUGCCAGUGACGAGAAAUCUACCAAGGUAGAAGAAAUAAAUGAAGAAGGCCUCACAGAUUUCGAAAGACACCGGGAGUGGAAUAAAAGGAAUAUUAACGUUGGUUUUGAUGAGCACAGCAUACCCUGCGCCCUACAAUCAUGCGCGUUCACAAACAGCGCGUACAAUAUGUGCGGUAGUGACGUCACAGGCCGUGUCGUCGGCUUGGAGCUGGCUGGUGACGCACAUGCGCUACUCACACAGGAGGGCGGACGUAGGAUUGUGGGACAGGUGGUAACACUACAAAGUAUAGGCGUCCUAACAAUAUGGUCGAUAGUACAGCAAAAGUCCAAAACCGUACCACCAGACAUCGGUAAAGCUUACUGGUCCAAAAUGAAACUCGAGAAAAAUCAAUCAAUAAACUUACUAGACCACAUUGAUCUACCUUUAAAAGACCCACAAAAUGAUGAAAUAAAAAGAAACUUUAAUUUAAACGCAGCUAAAAGAAGAAUAUUAAAUAAAAAACAAGAAAAGUCGAUACUUAAAAAAGAAUUUUCUCGCCCAAAAUUCGCCAUUAGUUUUGACUUUGACACUGACAGUGACAGGCCAACAAGUGCUGCCAGUGCUAAAAUUAAACGAGUGUUGUCAGUGGAAAAAAAUGUUGCUGAAAACUGGGAAAGUGGUGUCGUUUGUGGGGGCUUGAAAGUAAUGAAUUGGAAAGAUCGCGAUAAUUAUUUGAUUGCGAAGAACUGUGGGGAGGUUUUGUGUUGCAAGAGGAUUCUUGGUGCGGUUAAAGUGAACAAGUUUUGUGUUGCAACCGACGCAUCAUCAGUGACCUGCAUAGAAGUGUCUCCGCAUAGGCUGCCAUAUUUCCUAGCAGCUACUGAUGCUGGUACCAUCAGUGUGUGCUCACUGGUGGAGAACAGGGUCCUACUAACGCUGGAUUGUAGGAACAUCCAGCCGAAGGAUGUUGAGAAAUACCAGUCAGAUCAUAAAGGAAGAUACAUCAGCAGUGUGUCUACUAAAGCGCAUGGCGAUUCAGGCUCCAGGCUAUCCGUAACAUCCCUCUCCUGGUCCCACAUUAACCCGUGCUGUGUGUUCGCGUCGCUACAAGACGACAGCAUCGUCGAGUGGGAGCUAUCCUUCAGCGACAUCUACGCGAAGUGCGCGCACGCGGCCGCCGCAAGGUGCUGUGACGCCGGGGAUAGUACACUGGCCCUGUUAACCCCAGAAGGAGAGGUGCAAGUCCACAAACUGACGAACGAACAUCGAACCAAGGAGUUUUUACUACUCUUCGAAAAGUACCUCGCACUUUUGUAAAUACAUAUUAGUGCAUAUAUUGUAUGUAGUUCUCGCCAAACUUUUUCCGUUACGGAACAUUGCGGUGAAAUAAUUUUAACCGACUUCAGAAACUGAGGUUCUCAGUUUGAACUGCAUGUUUGUUUGUACUCAAUUAUCUCGCGUUUGGAUGGAUUGAUUUUGACGCGGUUUUCAGCAUAGUAUUUGUCAGACCCAGGAGAAGGUUUAGGGUAUAUUAACUGACAAAAGUAACCAAAAACCUUAAAAAAAAAUUAAAGCGACUUCAAAAUGCACUGAAAAAUACGGCCCGCCAAAGAGUUUGGCGAGAACUCGUAAUAUUAUGUAAUUUUUUUUUCAUAAUGUUGUUAAGUAAUACACUAUGAUCUCUUAGUUUAGUAAACAAUUUAGAUGAA